AUGUCCCAAGCACCCCAGCAGCCCAACAUGCCCGCCACGGGCGGCGCCGGAGGCAAGCCUCUCCGCAAGGGACGAGACCCCACGGUGCCGCGCAACUUCAACAACCCCAACAACGCGCGCGGCGUCAAGGAGGAGGACCUGCCGCCGUCGGCCGAGGCCAACGACGCGGCCGACACGCGCGACUAUGUCAACUCGACCGACACCACGGGCCCGGAGGACGACGAUCGUCAGACCGGCACGGACUGGUCUGACGGGUACUAUACUAACUCUAACUACACUACGAGCAAGAAGUAG